UGCGCGCGCGCGCGCCGACGCUCGGGAGUGCUCGCGGCCGCUCCGAGGCGCGCGCCGGCGGUCCUCGCUCGCUCGCUCGCUCGCUUUACCUGAGGGAUCGGCGGCCGUGCGCGGCCGGCGCUGCAGCCCUCGCCUCGGAGGAUCCCGGGCCCCGCGGUGUGAGGUAUUCCAGUCAAAGGAAGAAAUAGCUCUUCUAAGAUGGAAUCUGUUGUUUGGGAAUGUGGUUGAUCACCUUGAUAUGUUUGGCCAAAUGUGCCCUAUGUGAUAAAAUGAAAAGAAGAGACAAGAUGAUGUCAUUUUCCUGUAUUGUGAAACCAAAAACAAAUGCCUUUUGUGAGAUCAAGGUAACAAACCUCUGACAGUGCGAAGAGUAUUUGACUGUUUGAAGAACUUAAUAGUAAAAUAUAGAAGAGCACUUCUUCAAGCUGGGACCUGCAGGUGUACAAAGAUCUAAAAUACAUAUCAUAGGCCUGAUCGUCCAAAUCUCAUUCAGAUUCAAGAAGGAUGGCUAUGAGUUGGAUCGUCUUCUAUCUUUGGCCCUUAACUAUGUUUGUGGGGCAUAUAGGUGGGCACAGUUUGUUUUCUUGUGAACCUAUUACCUUGAGGAUGUGCCAAGAUUUGCCUUACAAUACUACCUUCAUGCCUAAUCUUCUGAAUCAUUAUGACCAACAGACAGCAGCUUUAGCAAUGGAGCCAUUCCAUCCUAUGGUGAACCUGGAUUGUUCUCGGGAUUUCCGGCCAUUUCUUUGUGCACUCUAUGCUCCUAUUUGUAUGGAAUAUGGACGUGUCACACUUCCCUGUCGUAGACUGUGUCAGCGGGCUUACAGCGAAUGUUCAAAGCUUAUGGAGAUGUUUGGUGUUCCUUGGCCUGAAGAUAUGGAAUGCAGUAGGUUCCCAGAUUGUGAUGAGCCAUACCCUCGACUUGUGGAUCUGAAUUUAGCUGGAGAUCCUACUGAAGGAGCCCCAGUGGCAGUGCAGAGGGACUAUGGUUUUUGGUGUCCUCGGGAGUUGAAAAUUGAUCCUGAUCUUGGUUAUUCUUUUUUGCACGUGCGUGAUUGUUCACCUCCAUGUCCAAAUAUGUACUUUAGGAGAGAAGAACUUUCAUUUGCUCGAUAUUUCAUAGGAUUGAUCUCAAUCAUUUGCCUCUCUGCCACGUUGUUUACUUUUUUAACUUUUUUGAUUGAUGUCACAAGAUUUCGUUAUCCUGAAAGACCUAUUAUUUUUUAUGCAGUCUGCUACAUGAUGGUAUCAUUAAUUUUUUUCAUUGGGUUUUUGCUUGAGGACCGAGUAGCCUGCAAUGCAUCUAGCCCUGCACAGUAUAAAGCUUCCACAGUGACACAAGGAUCUCAUAAUAAAGCUUGUACCAUGCUUUUUAUGGUACUUUAUUUUUUUACUAUGGCUGGCAGCGUUUGGUGGGUAAUUCUUACCAUCACAUGGUUCUUGGCAGCUGUGCCAAAGUGGGGUAGUGAAGCUAUUGAGAAGAAAGCAUUGCUGUUUCACGCCAGUGCAUGGGGCAUCCCUGGAACUCUAACUAUCAUCCUUUUAGCGAUGAAUAAAAUUGAAGGUGACAAUAUCAGUGGCGUGUGUUUUGUUGGCCUCUACGAUGUUGAUGCAUUGAGAUACUUUGUUCUUGCACCCCUCUGCCUAUAUGUGGUAGUUGGGGUUUCACUCCUUUUAGCUGGCAUUAUAUCCCUAAACAGAGUUCGAAUUGAGAUUCCAUUAGAAAAGGAGAACCAAGAUAAAUUGGUGAAGUUUAUGAUCCGGAUUGGUGUUUUCAGCAUUCUUUAUCUGGUACCACUCUUGGUUGUAAUUGGAUGCUAUUUUUAUGAGCAAGCUUACCGUGGCAUCUGGGAAACAACAUGGAUACAAGAACGCUGCAGAGAAUAUCACAUUCCAUGUCCAUAUCAGGUCACUCAAAUGAGUCGUCCAGACCUGAUUCUCUUUCUGAUGAAAUACCUGAUGGCUCUCAUAGUUGGUAUUCCUUCCAUAUUUUGGGUUGGAAGCAAAAAGACAUGCUUUGAAUGGGCCAGUUUUUUUCAUGGUCGUAGGAAAAAAGAGAUAGUGAAUGAGAGCCGACAAGUACUCCAAGAACCUGAUUUUGCUCAGUCCCUUCUGAGGGAUCCAAAUACUCCUAUUAUAAGGAAAUCAAGAGGAACUUCCACUCAAGGAACAUCCACACAUGCUUCUUCAACUCAGCUGGCUAUGGUGGAUGAUCAGAGAAGCAAAGCAGGGAGUGUCCACAGCAAAGUGAGCAGCUAUCACGGCAGCCUCCACAGAUCUCGUGAUGGCAGGUAUACUCCCUGCAGUUACAGAGGAAUGGAAGAGAGACUACCUCAUGGCAGCAUGUCACGACUAACGGAUCACUCCAGGCACAGUAGUUCUCAUCGUCUCAAUGAACAGUCACGACAUAGCAGCAUCCGGGAUCUCAGUAAUAAUCCUAUGACUCACAUUACACAUGGCACCAGCAUGAACCGUGUUAUUGAAGAAGAUGGAACCAGUGCUUAAUUUAUCCUGUCUAAGGUGGAAAUUUUGUGCCGUUUACAAAGCAGAUUUUAUUCUUUGCCUUUAGCAUGACUGACUGCUGUAACUCACUGUUAUCAUGCGUUCAGUCAGGUGCAGAUUGUGUCCAUUGGAAAAGUAAAUUUUUGCUUUUUAUAUUGCAUCAAACUUGGAAUAUCAAGGCGUCUUAAAAUUAUAUUGUCACAUAAAUAAUUCUUAUUUCUAGGAAAUGAAGAGAGAAUUAUUUGGUAAGCAUUUUUAUAAACCCACUAUUUUAUAUUUAGAAAAAAUCCUAAAUGUGUGGUGACUGCUUUGUAGUGAACUUUCAUAUAUAAUAUCAACUAGUUGUGAGAUAACAUUCUGGUUGUUCUGUUAAUAAAACAAAAUUUCAGAAUUAAAGAAUUUUCUAUGCAAGGUUUAUUUCUUGGAUGAAUGGUAGGAUUUUGUAGUUUUAUUUCCAUGAGUGAAAAAGAACUGUAGUUUUAAACUGUAAGAGAAUUUGAUAAAUCAGCAAGGGUAUUUUAACUAAUAGAAUAAAAGAUCAGCAGAAGAAUCUGAUUAGAGUAUUGAAGGCUCUUUCAAAAUUCUACCAAAAUAAAUUUCAUCCAGAGAGAUACAGGAUUAGGAGUAUCACUGGCCAUUUUUCCCCUAUAAGUGAAUUGUUUUCAUUACUUUUGUAAAUAUUCCUUUUACUUCCAGUGUUUUUAUAACUUCUCCAUAUUCUUUCCAUAUGCAUGAUGGAAAAAAUAAUUUGUAGCCAUCUUUUCCCAUGUAGUAUUAUAAUAUUCGUAGAGAACUUUAUGUUCAAAUCUGUUCCAUGGAGGCAUGUAAUAAGAUAAGCAUCACCCAUUAUAAGGGUUUUUUGUGGUAACCACAAUUACAAAAUGGCAAAAUGUUUUCUCUGUAUUCAUUGUUGUAUUUUUCUGCAGUGAGAUGUGAUCUUGCCAAAGCCACCAGAUCUUGGCAUCCAGCCCUUCCUAUCAAUGAGUUGAUUGUCUGUACUUGCAUUGCCCAGUAGCAAAUAGGCUACAGCUUUUGCCCUCUCCCUUGUAUUCAGAUUUGGAUAAGUCUUGUUUACAGCUGAAAUAUAUAUAACCUAGGUCCAAAGUGGUUAUUUAUAUGGGGUAUCUGAAAAAUCACUGUAACUAAAUGAAGCAUGAUUAGUCUUGCUGUGAAGUACCUUGUAAUCUUAAAAAUAUCAACUCAAAAUUUUUUGACAUUUUGUCUUGUAACAUUUAAAUAAUUUACAAUAAAAACUUGGUAACUAUAUUAGGCAUGAAAUUGAUCAGAAGGGAAAGAAAUUUUUUGGAAAAUGUGAGGUGUAAUGUAUAGAAAAACAUUUUAAACAAGCAUGUCCUCAACCCUGACUAGAGAUGAGAAUCAUUUGGAGAACCUCUGAUGCCCAAGCCUUCCUCUCAUUCAGAUGAGAAUUGAUAGGUUUUUAAAUAAGUUUUCCAGGUGAUUCUAAUCUGUAGCCAGGCUGCAGGCUGUUUUAAACUGAUUUGCCCCUGAUGAUGAUCUGAUGGUAUCUCAUAUCACAUGAAAAUCUAGGUGGACUCAAUAUUUUACAUCAUUAUCUGAUACAAAAUUGUUUUCCACUUUAUUUGUCCAUUAUAAAAUGUGGAAUGCUGACUCCACUCC